AUGUCCAGUUCAUCAACUACCGGGUUUAAGAAAUUUGAUUCAGCAAUUGCUUCAGAUUCAGAAAUGGAUGAGUCAGAAUCUGCUAGACCACAACCACCAUUAAGAAGAUCAUCGUCAUUAUUUUCAUUGACUUCAAAAGAAGAUUUACCAAAACCAGAUGAAAGUGAAUAUAUUCAUUUUAUUGAUGAUGAAAGACAUUUCAGUUUAAUUAGAAAUUUACAUAUGGCAGAUUUUAUUACUUUAUUAAAUGGGUUUUCCGGAUUUUAUUCAAUUAUAUCAUGUUUAAGAUAUACAUUAACUGGUAAAAGUAAUUAUGUUCAACGAGCUCAUUUCUUUAUUGUAUUGGGAAUAUUCUUUGAUUUCUUUGAUGGGAAAGUUGCUAGAUUAAGAAAUAAAUCUUCAUUAAUGGGACAAGAAUUAGAUAGUUUAGCUGAUUUAAUUUCAUUUGGUGUAAGUCCUGCCACUAUUGCAUUUGCAAUUGGAUUCCAAACAACGGUUGAUGUUUUGAUUUUGGCAUUUUGGGUAUUAUGCGGAUUAACAAGAUUAGCUAGAUUUAAUAUUUCAACCAAUAAUAUCCCAAAAGAUCAUACGGGAAAGACUAAAUAUUUUGAAGGAUUACCAAUUCCAACUAAUUUAUUUUGGGUUGGUGUAAUGGCAUUUUUAGUUUAUAAAGAUUGGAUUCAUCAAGAUUUACCUUUAGGUACUGUACUUCAAGGAACUUCAUUCGAAUUCCAUUUGCUUUCAAUUGGAUUAUUUAUCCAAGGAUGUGGUGAAAUCUCAAAAUCAUUAAAGAUUCCAAAGCCUUAG